AUGGUUGCCACCAAUUCAGACGGCCAGCCUAACCGUCGCCGUGGUCAAGGUCAGCGCAUUGUACCUGAGUACUACCUCAAUCCCGAUUACAGGAUUGCGCCUUCGGCUGAGCUUCAUGCCCUGCAACAAGCCCAGCAAGAUGCCCUGCAAAGGAUUCAGACUCCACCUUCGACUCCGGACUUGAGACCGACCUAUUCGACUGGACAGAUUUCCGGAGUCAAGGCCCUCUUUGCGAUAAGCAAGCUCCUCUGUUCAUGUUGCGUCGUCUACAAUGUCAAGAAGCCAUCUGACAAGGACCCCGAGCGAGUCGAAACAGCCCAAAGCCAAAUCGAGUUAUUUGCCAUCGUCUGCUAUAACCACCCCGUCGGCGAGUUAUGGAGGCUUGAGUGCAUCGGGAUCAACAACGAGGAUCUCAGGGAUUCUCUGUUUCUUCUGUUUGAAGACUACCCUGCCGUCGAUUGCACGUCUACGGAAUUGCGCUUCACUCAACCAUUCGUCCCCUUCCUUCAUCUUUGGGCCAAGUUCGUUGAUCUGGUGGAAUCAGUGACGGAGCCGGUCCUGCGUGAGAACCUUGAAAUCCUCCAACAUAUACUAAAGAAGCAACUAAAGGAGGCUUUCAAGGCAGAUGAGGUCCUUCAAGAAACAGCCUGUGUCAACUUUGACCAAGUGCCCAUCGCCUUUACCCCCGGCGAGAUCAUCUUGAACAAGAAGGACGGCGUGAUGAGCGCCGCACUUCUCAAGGAGAUCGAACGAGUCACCUCCGAUGACGAGAAGGAUGUGUGCUACCGCUUCAGGGUCAAUCAACUUGAUUGGGACGGCAUGAACUGCGGAGUCAGAGAAUCUACCUUUAAGAUUGCGGAGUUUGAGGGGGCUCUUCCCUUGGGAGAUAUGGAUGUUCUGCCUCUGAAAUCCCAUCCGCGCCAUGAGGUUGUCAAAGAACGUCUUAUCGCCCGGGGCCGCAGGUUUGAGAAGCUGCGACACGAGCGCCUCAUGAUCUACAACGCCCAUGGAAGAGAGAUGAUCGUGAACGAGCGGGUGAUUAUCGAUGCCAAGGCUUUUUACGAGGAUGCAAGGGGCCUCAGAGCCUCGCUCAAGCCUUUGAGUGACCUCGAGCCCGAAAAUGCUAUUCGGAAGCCGAUUAUCCCGACCAAAGCGACCUUCCGCGAGCUCGUAGAGAGCCCAGCGACGUUCUGCCGCGGCCAGGGUCGACCUUACACGCCUGAGAAGAGGAACACGCCAGACUAUUCGCCCUUGACGGACGACCAGUGCCUUUUGGCUGUGCCGACCGUAUUUGGGUUCGGUCUUGAUACCAAGAAGUGGUUCAAGCUGAGCGUCAGCCAUCUCCAGGAAAUGUCGUGGAACUCGGACGCCAUGGACAAGCUCGUCAUCAAUGAGUCCGACAAGGACCUGGUGCUUAGCCAUGUUUGCGCUGCUGCUCAGACUCCCAAGUUUGGGGAGGAGAAAGGACAAGGAUCCAUGAUCCUGCUUGCUGGUCCUGCUGGCACUGGAAAGACGUUCACUGCCGAGACUGCAUCCGAGGAGGUGAAGCGCCCUCUUUACAAGCUCAGCGUCAGUGAUCUUGGAACAAAUGCCGCCGAUGUCGAGAGCAACUUGACGAGGGUGCUCAGGCGUUGUGCCAAGUGGGCCGCGAUCUUGUCGAUUGAUGAGGCCGACGUGUUCCUCGAGGCUCGCUCGGCCCACAGCCUCGAACGCAAUAAGAUCGUCUCCGUUUUCCUCCGACGUCUGGAGUACUACAGCGGAGCCAUGAUUCUCACGGCAAACCGCUACUUCACCGUUGACAAAGCGUUCGAGUCGCACAUCGACCUCGCCCUUCCCUUCAAGGAGCCUGAGGCGGCUGCGCGGGCCAAAAUCUGGCGCAACUUCGUCAACAGGAGCGUCGCAGCCAGCGCCUUGGGGGAUGGAGAACUUGCACCCCUGGCCAAGGUACCUCUCAACGGGAGACACAUCAAGGGCGCUUUCAAGACAGCGUGUGUCUUGGCCGCAAGACGCAGGGUUCCGUUGAAUAUUGAACACCUUCAAACCGCGAUUGAAGCACGACACCGGGCCGCACGCUUACUCGGCGGCGGAGGUGUUUGA